AAGAUAAGAUAAACAUCAAACUCAAGCGUUGUCGUACCAAUUAUUGCACUGUUAUAUCAUUUCAGGAACAAUGAAAUUCUUGGUAGCGCUGAUUCUAUUAGAACUUUACAGUUCUAUCGAGGGAUGCGAAGUUGGAUGGGUACAAUUUAGAACAAAGUGUUAUAUGUUUAGCCACACAGCAGCAUCUUGGGCAGAGGCCGAGAGCAUUUGCAACGCCUUUCACUCUAUUCUUGCCGAACCGAGGUCACAUGAAGAAUCCAGGUUUUUGAUCAGCCACAGUGUAAAUCAAGCCGGAGAAUUCUGGAUUGGGGUAUCAGAUAUUAUAGAAGAAAACAGAUGGAUCUAUUCAUCGGAUCUACAGGUGUCAAAGGUGAACGAUUUUCACGCCGGAGAACCUAACGGACAUACCGGUGCUAAUUGUGUAGCACUGUGGAAGCCAUUCCGUGGUUACUGGGCCGAUGAGUCCUGCGGAGCCCAUUAUAACUUCAUUUGUGAGAUGUCACAAGAAUCGGGUGGUGAUGUCCUUGGUUAAUUUCUGACAAAUUUACUCUUGCCUGUGAUAAUAAUUCAUUAAAUAAAAAAAAAAACAUGAAA